UAUCGUUAGUCUGUGCUGACACUUCAAAAUGAUACUAAAAACGAAAAUUGGAGCGGCAUGCGCCAAAAUGUUAGUAAACAGUGGUCUAACGUUUAUCGUCGCGAUACUUCUUUUUCCUGGUGAAAUUUUGGGAAAGGAGACCGAGAAUAAUGAAACUGAAUACCGUUUACCAAAUCACAUAAUACCAUUGCACUAUACUAUCAGUAUGAGGCCACUUAUCACCAAUACAGAGCAAACUAUUUCAUUCAACGGUUUCUGCAGUAUCACUCUCUUCAUUCUUUAUUCAACGCGGAACAUAACUUUUCAUGUCGAUAAUAUAAUAAACAUACAGACAGCAGAGAUACUUAAUUACUUCAAUAGAUCUCAUUUGCCGGUUUCUUCGUACAACGCCGCAAGAAGCACAAUAGUUCUUAAUGUCACCCAUGAGAUGUUACCUGGAAUUUAUGUUCUGAAAAUGCAAUAUAAAGGAAAAGCGAAUGAUAACUAUGUCUUCUUCAGACCUCGUUACAAGGACAGCAAAAAUCUUAUAGAGUGGAUGGCUCUGACAAAUUUCCAAAGGAUCGGGGCGCGACAAGUGUUCCCGUGCUGGGAUGAACCAGCAAUGAAAGCAACAUUUAUGAUUAAUGUAGUAUAUUAUUAUAUAUAUACAAGUUGUUCAAAUAUGCCGAUAAAAUACUCUAAACUGCAAGAUGAUUUAGUGUGGAAGACAGACGACUUCCACACUACCUUACCAAUAUCCCCGCAUCGCAUUGGAAUCCUAUUUACCAAAAAUGGUGUCACGGACAUUAUCAUCAACAAUGUUACAAUACAUUAUAGACAUAACACGAAAACAAUAGAAAAAGAUCUAACAUUUGCAAAAAUGAUUAUUAAAAAUGUCACAAUAUACCUGAAAUCCAAAUGGAAGAUCAUAGAUGUAAUUCCAAAGAUGGAUCAUGCAAUAAUUCCGGGUCUCAUAGACAAUGGCAUACAGAAUUGGGGACUCGUUUAUUACAAUGAAGCAGAUGUUAUCUACAAUCAUACAUUAGACUCCGCUGGUCGCGACAGAGAGGUGGCAUACUUAGUGGCACGACAAGUAGCAAGUCAGUGGUUUAGUAAUCUAGUCAGCCCAUCUUGGUGGUCCGACGAGUGGUUAAAUGAAGGUUUAACUAUGUUCCUUGGCAUGGAUGCUAUCGAUAAGCUUUUUCCGGAUUAUCAAAUAAUGGAUUUAUUCGUAGUCCAGAAUCGUGACUUGCUCAAUUUGGACUCACAUAUGAAAACAAAACCUUUUAUGUCAAAAAUCAAUAGUUCCACUGAUAUUAAUUCGCUUUCCCUUUUUCCCUAUUAUCUCAAAGCAUCUGCUUUUUUACGCACGUUGCAACAUAUAAUUACCGAGCAGGUAUUUCAAACCGGUGUUCACAACUAUUUCAACACACAUAAGUUUAGCUCGGCAACUUCUGACGAUUUUUGGAAUGCGAUGCAAACUACCGUAAACAAAACACGUCAUGCACACAAAUUAUAUUUUAGAGAAAACAUACUUAAUAGUAUGUGGCACUACUCUUGUAUUACAGUGGAAGUGAACCGAGAUUAUGAUACUGGAAUUAUAAUUGUAUCAGUUAAAUAUGACAUAUCAAACUGCGCAUUUCAUAUAGAAAACUUUAGGAUACCUGUGACUUACACAACUCAAAAUAAUAUCAACUUUAACACAACUUUCACGAACAUCAUGUGGGUGAACACGUACGAUAAAGAGUACCAGAAAUCUUUUCCUUUAACCUUUUAUUCGCAUGAUAUAAAUGGUUGGUUAAUACUCAAUUUACAACAAAUCGGAUAUUAUCGCGUCAAUUAUGAUGUAACAAAUUGGCAAAGAAUUGUAGAAUACCAAUACAAAAAAUAUACGAAAAUACAUGUUCUCAAUCGCGCUCAACUCAUCGAUGAUAUGUUUUAUUUUUGUGCGAACCACAAAUGUAUGCUUCUCUAAGAAGUGCACUAAAAUACAUAAAAAUUCUGCUACUUUGUUUUUGAGACUCUUGAGCUACCUCUCGCAAGAAACAAAUCUUGUAGCAUGGUAUCCUAUGUUCAAAGCUUUUGAAUACUUGUCGCAUGCUUUUCCAUUUCCAGAAAUGGCAAAUGUUAA